GUUGUGAUACAUGUGUUUGAAUCACAAGCCGGAUAAUAAAGUAUUUUGUAGUAAAACUUUAAAAGAAGCACAUUUAUUUCACCAUGAUAAAAACGGGAAGAUCAAUUUCAUUGGCAGAGACUUGUUAUUGUUGGAGUUUAAGGAAGCACUGUUAUUCCACCACCUGCAUUAAUACUGUUUCCAAACUCUUUCAGCCACAGAACAUUGUCCCUAAAACUGUUGAAACUAAAGUUGAUGACGUGUUGUGUAUCAGCCAUAAGCUGAUGAUGGACCAGGGCGUCAUCCGACACGCCGGCGUGGGCUCUUUCCACCUGCUGCCUCUCGGCGUGCGGGCGCUGCGCAAGCUCACCAGGAUCGCCAGCCGCGAGAUGCAGUCCCUGGGCGCCCAGAGGGUCAAGCUGCCGUUCCUCACCCCGGGGGAGCUGUGGAGGAGGACUGGCAGGUGGGAAGCUGCAGGUCCAGAGUUGUUCCGGGUGCGAGAUCGUCACAGCAGAGAUUACGUUCUCAGCCCUACUCACGAGGAGGCGGUCACCGAGCUGGUAGCGUCCGUGCAGCUGUCGCACCGCAGCCUGCCCCUGAGGCUGUACCAGGUGACCAGCAAGUUCCGCGACGAGAUGAAGCCCCGGCUGGGGCUGCUCCGCUCCCGGGAGUUCCUCAUGAAGGACCUGUACACCUUCGACGCCUCUCCCGAGAGCGCCCGCCGCACCUACCACGACGUGUGCCGAGCCUACGACAACAUCUUCACCGCCGUCGGCAUCAGGUACGUCAGAGUUGAAGGGGAGCAGGGGCUGAUGGGCGGGUCGCUGUCCCACGAGUACCACUACCCCGCUGCGGUCGGUGAGGACGAGCUGGUGCUCUGCCCCGCGUGCAGCUACGCAGCCAACGCCCAGGUGGGCGGGGGCGGGGCGCGGUGCCCGCGGUGCGGUCACGAGGGCGUGUCCCGGGAGCCCGCCAUCGAGGUGGGCCACACCUUCCUCCUCGGCGCGCGGUACUCGGAGCCGCUGGGGGCCCGGUGCCUCGCCCCGGACGGGAGGCCCGUCGCCCUGCAGAUGGGCUGCUACGGCGUGGGGCUGACCCGGCUGCUGGCCGCCGCCGUCGAGUGUCUGUCGUCGCCGGACGAGCUGCGCUGGCCCCUGGCAAUCGCCCCCUUCUCCGUCUGCAUCCUGCCCCCCAAGGACGGUAGCAAAGAAAGCGUAGCAUUGGACCUGUCGCACAAAUUGUACGAUGCUUUGAAUUCCACGGGAGUGUUGUCGGACGACGUGUUGAUGGACGACCGGUGCCAGCUGACGAUCGGUCGACGCCUGAUGGACGCCAGGAAGACCGGCUACCCUCUCGUCGUGGUCGUCGGGAAGAAGGCAGCGCUCGAGCAGCCUCUGCUCGAAGUGCACGACUUGCUGCGAGACCAAACGCUGGACCUCUGCCUCUCCGACGCGGUCCGGUAUCUGACUGGCAAGAUUUGUGAUGUGGCCGGACCCUAACACGUGUGCUUCACAUCUGGGUUCCUACGCAGCAUCUUUGAAUAUAUAUAUACUGUAUAGAAGUUGCGAGUGGAUAGGAUUUACUCUACGUUUUUCAGUAGCGUAUGAUGAGCAGCUUGGGAACUUCACCGCUGCAGGGCGCUGCCGUAACGCCCUGUAUCGUCUUAGGUUGUUAUUUACACGUUAGAGCGUAGCACUGUCGCCCGCUGUCAUUCCCCGCACCACACCACCCAUUAUUCACUGCAGCUCAAGGUCGUUCAACAUGAGGGGGAAAGGGUGUUUGAAGAGUUCGACACUUGUCCGCUAGGGACCACCACAAGUCGAUGCCCUAGAGAUGGUGGCGAUUGCGGCGGUGAAUUAACCAACUACCUCAAACCGUAUUAGAAAUUUUAACCUGGGCUGGCGACUUCUAUACAGUAUAUAUAUUCAAAGGUAGCGUUUAUCCGCACUCUGGCACGCAAGACAACAUGCAGCUCUUCUGUAAUGGAAAUUUGGAAAUGUUAAUACCAGAUGUGAUGGCCUCUCGGUCUUGCACAUGGAAGCUGCACAAUCUCAACUAUCCACAUGCUAUCUCAAUGAUUAUUGAGUUUAUCCUCUCAGAUACAACAAUCUAACCAAGACUUGACGACCAUUAAACAGGAGAGAAGAUACAGAGUGAUGUAAUUUUUUUUGCCCCCUGCGCUCUAGCGGAAAGAGGAACGAGUCUUUUGAACAAAAAGGGGUUAGGAUCAGUUAAAAUUCAUUGCUAUUAAAUCUUGCAGCACAGAAAAAGAGGACCAUAUCAUAAAAGUAAAGUGUAAGAAAUACUGAAUACCAACAAUGCAUGGAGAUUAUAAGUGUGAAUACAAAGAUAAAAAACUUAUUUAUGAUAGUCGUUUCAGUUUUAAAAUCAUUCGUACCCCGCCGCUUCCAUGCUGCAGUAGCACGAAUACCGCCGUGUGUAAGGACUCCAUGCAAAAGUGCCAUAAGUAAUGUCACACAGACGACUUGUCAUACAAGAUGAGCAGCAAUUGUAAGUUCUUCAGAUUUGCACGAAAUUGGUAAUUGUGUUAUAUGCCUGAAAAUACAGCAUGUCCUUUUGAAGUUAAUUAAAAUAAAUUCAUGUUUGUAUUUCA